AUGGCAGAACAGCUGCGAUACGACGGCCAGGUCGUCGUCGUCACUGGUGCCGGCGGCGGUCUCGGAAAGGUCUACGCCCUCUUCUUCGCCUCGCGCGGUGCCAGCGUCGUUGUCAAUGACCUCGGUGGUUCCUUCAAGGGCGAGGGAAACUCCGCAAAGGCUGCUGAUGUCGUAGUCGACGAGAUCCGAGCCGCUGGCGGCAAGGCCGUUGCCAACUACGACAGCGUCGAGUUCGGCGACCGCAUCAUCGACACCGCUAUCAAGGCUUUUGGCCGCGUCGAUAUCCUCCUCAACAACGCUGGCAUCCUCCGCGAUGUCAGCUUCAAGAACAUCACAGACCAAGACUGGGAUCUUAUCAACAAGGUCCAUGUCAAGGGUGCCUACAAGUGCGCUCGCGCCGCCUGGCCACACUUCAGAAAACAAAAGUACGGACGUGUCAUCAAUACAGCCUCGGCUGCUGGCCUGUUUGGAAACUUCGGCCAGACCAACUACUCUUCGGCCAAGCUCGCCAUGGUCGGCUUCACAGAAACCCUUGCAAAGGAGGGCAUCAAGUAUAACAUCUUGGCCAACGUGAUUGCCCCAAUCGCUGCUAGCCGCAUGACAGAGACAGUGAUGCCACCCGAUAUGCUUGCACACCUUAGGCCCGACUGGGUUGUUCCCCUCGUUGCUACUCUGGUCCAUAAGAGCAACACAACCGAAACCGGUGGCAUCUUUGAGGUCGGUGCUGGCCACAUGGCCAAGCUUAGAUGGGAACGAUCAAGCGGUCUUCUCCUCAAGGCCGACGACUCUUAUACGCCCAGCGCUAUUAUCAAGAACUGGAACAAGGUCGUCGACUUCUCUCAACCACAGUAUCCAUCUGGCCCCAAUGACUUCUUAACCCUCUUGGAAGAAUCCCAGAAGCUGGGCCCCAGUGAGCAGGGCGAGAAGAUUGAUUUUACCGGCAAGGUUGCAUUGAUCACUGGCGCAGGUGCAGGCAUCGGCCGGGCUUACGCCCUGGCCUUUGCCAAGCAUGGUGCCUCAAUCGUGGUCAACGACCUAGUAAACCCCGAUACAGUUGUCGAGGAGAUCAAGAAGCUCGGUGGCAAGGCCGUUGGUGUCAAGGCCUCUGCUGAGGAUGGCGAUGCUGUAGUUAAGGGUGCCAUUGACGCAUUUGGCCGCGUCGACAUUGUCGUCAAUAACGCCGGUAUUCUCCGGGACAAGGCAUUCACCAACAUGGAUGAUAAUCUCUGGGACCCUGUUAUGAAUGUCCAUCUCCGUGGUACAUACAAGGUCACCAAGGCUGCCUGGCCUUAUUUCCUCAAGCAAAAGUAUGGCCGUGUGAUCAACACCACCUCGACGAGUGGCAUCUACGGAAACUUUGGCCAAGCCAACUAUGCCGCCGCGAAAUGCGGUAUCCUCGGUUUCUCCCGUGCUUUGGCUAUCGAGGGCUUCAAGUACAACAUCUUCGUCAACACCAUUGCCCCCAACGCCGGCACUGCCAUGACUGCCACGGUCAUGCCCGAGGAGCUGAUCCAGGCUUUUAAGCCUGACUACAUUGCUCCUGUCGUCCUCGCUCUCUGCAGUGACAAGUGCCCCGACCCUACUGGCGGGCUCUACGAGGUUGGAAGCGGUUGGGUUGGCCGCACUCGCUGGCAACGAGCCGGUGGCCACGGCUUCCCUGUCGAUAAGGAUCUGGUGCCUGAGGAGGUGGUCAAGCACUGGGCCGACAUUGUUAACUUUGACAGCCCCAGCGCUGAUCACCCAGAGAAGAUGCAGGACUCUCUCUCCAAGGUCAUGGCCAACUUGGAGAACAAGGUCAACAAGAGCAAGGAGGAGGGCGCUACCAGUAAUGAACACCUAGAUGCCAUCAAGAAGGCACUCAGCGAAGAAGGCAACCCAACUGAAUUCAAGUACGACGAACGUGAUGCCAUCCUCUACAACCUCGGAAUCGGAGCCAAGCAAACCGACCUGAAGUACGUCUUUGAAGGCUCCGAAGACUUCCAGGUUCUGCCAACCUUCGGCGUCAUCCCCCCCUUCAACGCCGAGAUGCCAUUUGACUACGACGCCGUCGUGCCAAACUUCUCCCCCAUGAUGCUCCUGCACGGCGAGCAGUAUCUCGAAGUUCGCAAGUGGCCCCUCCCAACUGCCUCAACCCUCGUCUCCAAGGCCCGCUUGCUCGAGGUCGUUGACAAGGGGAGCGCUGCCAUCUUGAAGAAUGGCGUCACCACCACCAUUGCCGAGACUGGAGAGGAGGUCUUCUACAAUGAGAUGACUGUCUUCCUCCGUGGUUGCGGUGGUUUCGGCGGCCCCAAGCGGGGCAAGGACAGAGGCGCUGCUACAGCUGCCAACCCGCCUCCCAAGCGCGCACCCGACGCUGUUGUCGAGGCCGACACGAGACCGGACCAGGCAGCCAUUUACCGCCUCAGCGGAGACUACAACCCUCUUCACAUCGACCCAUCCUUUGCCAAGAUGGGCGGCUUCAAGGCCCCUAUCCUCCACGGCCUCUGCUCCUUCGGUUUCGCCGGAAAGGCCGUAUAUGAAAAGUACGGCCCCUUCAAGAACAUCAAGGUCCGCUUCGCCGGCCCCGUCAUCCCUGGCCAGACGCUCGUCACGGAAAUGUGGCGUGAUGGCAACAAGGUCACCUUCCAGACCAAGGUCAAGGAGACCGACAAGGUUGUCAUCGCCGGCGCGGCAGCCGAGCUCGUGCAGGGCGAGAAGAGUAAGAUCUAA